UCUUCUCCUCUUGAGUCCAUUGGUUUGGUGAAGUUCUUAUUCGGUUCUCUAACCCCACCCCACCUCAUCCUCUGGAUUGAAAUGGAUGCAGAAAUGCUGGAAAUAUUCCGCAUCUCAAGACACACCUGUGGAGAGAGAACAGUUAACUUGUUAGGACGGUGACCCUUUAUCAGAACUGGAAAGAAGAGAUACACGAGUCUGGUGAACUGGCACAGUGGCUACAGCUUAGCAAGUGAGUGAAGUAGCCAUGGGCAGUCUCAAUGAUCCAGAAGAUACAUACAUUGCAGUGAUUCGUCCUAAGAAUGCGGCUAGUUUGAAUUCUCGUGACUAUCGAACAAAGUCUUAUGAAAUUCUACUGCUAGAAUUGCAAAAUGAAGGCAAUGAAAAAAAGAGGAAGAAAGUUUUGUUGCAAACAAAAUUGAAAAGAGAUGAAAAUAAGGGACAAGACGUUCUGGAUUUUGUAGUUGAAACCACCAAGCUUACAUCUCCAAACAACCAAGGAAUUAAAGGUAAACGUGUGGUGCGGAUCAAAGAAUUCCCUGUUCAUGGAGAGAACACUAGCAGAUCAGCUUCACUUUACGUUGUGCCAGCUGCAAUUAAAGGUAAUAAUAGCAAGAUAUCUUAUUGCCUUGGAGUGCCAAGUUUUUACUGCUUCCAGGAUAUUAUGCGUGUGUGUAGUGAAACCAGUAGUCAUUUUUCUACCCUCAGUGCAAAAAUGUUGAUUGCUUUGGACAAGUGGCUGGCAGAGCAGCACACCAUCUCCCAUGCCAUUCCGGGUCUUUUUAGGCCAUCUCCUCUUGACAGAAUCAAGUCUUGUGUUGCAAACCCUGCUUAUGUAAAUGAAAUGGAUCAAGGUGAAAAUACGUUGCAUGUGGGCUACACUGCUUUGGAAAUAAAAAGCAAAAUGAAGGCACUGGAGAAGGCUGAUCUCUGUAUCUACAAUCCACUUUUUGGAUCUGACUUGCAGUACACGAAUAGGGUAGACAAAGUAGUCAUAAACCCAUAUUUUGGUCUGGGAGCUCCUGAUUAUUCCAAGAUACAGAUUCCAAAACGUGAGAAAUGGCAGCGCAGCAUGAGUAGUAUUAUGGAGGACAAGGAGCGACAGUGGGUGGAUGAUUUUCCCCUGCAUCGCAGUGCCUGUGAAGGUGAUACGGAGUUAUUAAGCAAGCUACUGGAUAGUGGCUUUUCAGUAAAUCAGUUAGACAGUGAUCAUUGGGCUCCCAUUCAUUAUGCUUGUUGGUAUGGAAAAGUUGAAGCUACUCGAUUCCUAUUAGAAAAAGGAAAGUGUAACCCCAAUCUUCUAAAUGGGCAACUCAGCUCCCCGCUACAUUUUGCAGCUGGUGGAGGGCGUGCAGAGAUUGUGCAACUCCUGCUGCAGCAUCCAGAGAUUGAUCGGCAUAUUGUGGACCAGCAGGGCAAGACAUCAUUGCAAGUCUGCAAAGAAAACAAACAGAAUGAUUGGGAAAAAACAUUACAACUUCUUACUGAUGCACUGAAUAAGCCAUACGAGAAAGUUAGAAUUUAUCGUACCGAUGGGUCAUAUCGUGCUGUUGAACUGAGGCAUGGAAACAAUACAACAGUGCAACAGAUUAUGGAAGGCAUGCGGCUUUCACAGGAAACACAACAGUACUUUACCAUCUGGAUCUGUUCUGAAAACCUCAGUUUGCAACUCAAGCCAUAUCAUAAAUCACUUCAGCACCUGCGAGACUGGCCGGAAAUUGUUAUGGAAUUAACAUGCCUUGAUCCUCAUUUGGAAAAGCCACAACUUUUCCUGCGCAGGGAUGUGCGACUUCAGCUAGAAACUGAGAAGAAGGUGGACGAUCCAUUGGCUAUCCUCAUUCUAUUUGAUGAGGCACGUGGCAACCUGCUGAAAGGGUUAUAUCCGUGUGCUGACAGUCAGUUGAUAAUUUUGGCUGGUCUCCUCCUUCAAAUCAUCUAUGGAAAUUAUGACAGUAAAAAGCAUAAGCAAGGAUUCCUUAAUGAGGAAAAUCUGAAAUGUAUAUUACCAUGCACCAAGGUGAAAAGCAAGGGUCCACAUUGGAUUGGUAGGAUUCUACAGGAGUAUAAGGGCCUAAGCAGCCGUGAAGGGAUCAGUAAGGAAAUGCACCAUCUUCAACGCCUCUUCCUGCAAAUUUGCUGGGAAUUUCCAACCUAUGGAGCAGCUUUUUUCACGGGACAAAUAUAUACCAAGGCUAGCUCAAGUGGUCAUAAGGUUGUCAAGGUCUAUGUAGGUGUAAACACAAGAGGUCUGCAUUUGCUCAACAUGGAAACUAAGGCUUUGCUGAUUAGCCUUAAGUAUGGCUCCCUCAUGUGGCAGUUGGGUGAAGCAGAUGCCUACUUUCAAAUUCACAGUUUGGAAAAUAAAAUGAGCCUUGUUGUACACACGAAGCAGGCUGGUCUAAUUGUGAAGUUACUGAUGAAACUAAGUGGCCAGCUGAGUGUAAAUGAAAGAAAUUUGACAGAGAGACAUGGAUAUGGAUAACCAUUAAUUACCAGUAUGGCUUACCUUGAGCAUGUAUUCUUGAUGUCCUAAUGUGUUUUGUUGAUAAGAAAUUAAGAACAAAAAUGCCAUUGUCACUGUGUAUUUUAAAAAAUGUAUAUUUGUAUGAUACUGAAGAAUCACAAAUAUUGUAUUUCUUUUCCAUGUGUCUGUUGCUUUAACAAAUGUUUCAUGUGUAUCAACUGUCUAUUAGAAUAUUUGCAUUACUUCAUUUUGCUAAAGAAAUUUAAAUUUAUUUUGAAAUUGGAACAAAUGCCAUCCACAAAGUUUGCAUUGAUGUAAUAGUUGUGUUGUUAAAUACUUUUUUUAUACAAAGCAGUUUAGAAAUACACCUAGCCACUUUGCUAGGUACAUCUGUACCUAAUAACACAAAUAUCUAAGCGGUCAAUCUUGUGGCAGCAACUCACUGCAUAAAAGCAUGCAGAGAUGCUCAAGUGCUCAGUUGUUCAGAUCAAACGUCAGAAUGGGGAAUAAUGUGACCUAAGUGAUUUUGACCAUGGAAUGAUUGCUGGUGCCAGGCAGGAUGGUUUAAGUAUCUCAGGAACCAUUAAUCUCAUAUGAUUUUCACACACAACAGUUUCUAGAGUUUACAGUGAAUGGUUGUACAAAACAAAAAAAAUCCAGUGAGUGGCAGUUCAAUGGGUGAAAACACCUUGUUUUGAGAGAAGUUGGAGGAGUAUGGCCAGACUGAUUCAAGCUGACAGGAAGGUAACCAUGCAUUACAACAGUUGUGUGCAGAAGAGCAUCUCUAAAUGCACAGUACAUCAAUUCUUGAAGUAGAUGGGCUGCAGCAAAAGACCACACUGGGUUCUAAGGUGUACCUAAUAAAAUGGCCCCUGAGUGUAUUGUAAUAUUAAAGUCUUCAUGCAAUUAGUUAUAAAAUAAAAGAUGACUUCAAAAAUUGUUUAUUAAUUACUUCAUGGUUUAUUAUUAUAAAAAUGUUAUUUUGGAAAAUACCAGAUUAAGUGCUAGAUCAAAUUUGUUAUGAAUUAGCUUUUUAAUUUAAUGGAUUGUUUAAAAAAGCCAGUAUGACGAAGGGUCUCGGCCUGAAACGUCGACUGUGCUUCUUCCUAUGGAUGCUGUCUGGCCUGCUGCGUUCCACCAUCAUUUUGUGUGUUGUUGAUAUGAUUUAGGGCUUUGCCUCAAUGUUUUAUAAUUAAAUUAUUUUAUUUCAAUAGCAUACAUUAGUUAGAGUACAUUUAAAUAUACCUUUUUAAAUUUUGGUGAGCAUAUAAAGCUACAAUGGUUGGUUGACAUGUUGGGGCUUUGAAUGAGUCAAAUGGAAAUGGGACCUGAAGAUGUAACACUGAGUACAAAGAAACAUAGGGAAGGCCUGGUGGGAAAAUCUUCCUGAACAUACAGUAUGUUGAGUUUUUAUGCCUUUUAAAUAAUAGCAGGUGUUUCACAAAUUUCUGCUAUUACAGUUGCAGAGCUUACUUCAGUAUUUUGGGUGUGAAUGGUUUCAUAGAAUUACACAUUUGCAAAGGGACCACAUCUUGCUGACGAGAUCUAUUCUGAAUAUUCGAUCACUUGUUGGAACAAGGUUCACAUUAGUAUUCUAAUAGCUUCUGAAUACACAACCCAGAUGCCACCUGUUGCCACAGUACUGUGAUGACUGGCUGUUUUUAUACAAAAACACUGCAGUUAUUGUCUUGACCAUGUUUGAAAUGCUAAGUGACAAAAUAGUCAUUCUGGAACCUUUAUUUUUUCUCAUUCUGAAGGACACAAUGUGCUCCCUAUAUCAGUGAAACAAUGGUGCAAAACAUCUUGUCAUUUUAAGAUGUUUAAUGCCUGGCCCAGACCUAGACCCAUUGUAUAUACAUGACUGGUUUUUUGAUGCAUUUCAGUUAACUCAGCACUAUUUCUGUGUUUGGCCAUCUGCCAAAAUGGAAUUUCCCGAUGGCCAGCCAUUUUAAUUCCUAUUCCAUUCCGAUCUGUCAGUCCAUAGCCUCUACUUUUGACAUGACAAAGCCACUGUCAGGGUGGAGGAGCAACAUCUCAUCUUCCAUCUAGGUAGCCUCCAACCAGAUAGCACAUUGAUUUCUUCUUCCAGUAAUUUUUCUCCCUUGCCCUUCCCUGUUCUUCUAUACCCAACUCUGAUCUCUUGCCUCUUCUCUUCACGGUGCCCCAUUUCAAAGAUUUCAAAGGUGCAUUUGAUGUCAGGGAAAUGUACACAAUAUACAUCCUGAAAUACUUUUUCUUCGCAAUCAUCCACAAAAACAGAGGAGUGCCCUCAAAGAAUGAAUGACAGUUAAAUGUUAAUUCCUAAUAAGGGAGAGAGGGGUGUCUCCGUUUCACAGUGAGAGAGGAGACAUAACAAACAACUUGCUGAUUUAUGAUGUUAAAAGUUUGUUGCGUUGCUUCUUCCAAGCUCUGUGCCGAUCUUCCAUCUUCCACAAUACCCCAGAUUUCUUCAGAGACUCUGACCGCCUGUUUCCAGAGCCACAAGAUCCCGGAACUCCGAAGGCGAAGCAAUCUCUGAGGCCGCAUCCUUGGCAUAUCGAAUAACGGCCAGUCAUGAGACCCCGAGAGUGGGUCCUAUUUCCGCAAAGAACCGUAGUCAGCAUAUAACUCCAGAUCAGGGUCUUCAAAAGAGUAGGAGGAGGAGAAGAUGGCGGCGCGACGCAGCACGCGCGGCUUCUCCAGUGAAUGAUAUCUGUAAUCUGUCAAGAAGGGUACCGUGCACAAUUCUGAUUUGAUGGAGACAGACGUGAGAGUACGGAGGAACAUCUGGAGAAACUUCUGAAAUGACCACUUUGCUGCCGCUGCUACUGUGUGAUAACCGGAAUCUCCGGAGCAGAAGGCUUUGCUUGUUUCAGCGGCCGGGGCGAGGUCGAAGGCGCUUGGCAGAGGAUGGUGCUCUAUAUCGGAGGGGCUGGUCAGAGGCUCAAAGUUUUUGGAUGGACGGACUCAGUGUCAGCUGUGGUUGGGUGCUUCCAAUGCACCGGCAGUUGUCGGUGCCUGGAGGUUUAUGGCAGGGAGUUUCUCCCUUUUGCCACCUGCUAUUAGGGACUCAGGAGUCGAUCGGGACUUGAGAGACUUUUUUUUAACCGUGCCCAUGGUCUGUUCUUUAUCAAAUCAUGGUAUUCCUUUGCACUGCUGUAACUAUAUGUUAUAAUUAUGUGGUUCUGUCAGUGUUGGUCUUUGGUUUGUCCUGUUUUUCUGUGAUAUCACUCUGGAGG